AUAAGGACAGAGAUCACAUGUGAGAGGGAGAGACCUUGUUGCUACAAUAAUAUCAACUAUUUAAACCUUGUUGCUGGGUUUCGAACAGAUAGCAGAUCAUAAUUCGUGGUGUUUGUUCUUCUUCUCUUAUCAAAGUACAUAACAUAGCGGAAAUUUCACACCAGAGAAAUUAAUUGCAAUGGGAAGUUAUUUUCUGAAAAUCAUGUUUGCAGUGUUACUGCGCUUGCUUUUCGCAUACCAUAGUAUCCAUUCUUGGAUUCAACUCACCAUCACAGAGCUCACAUGUGAAAUGCAUUGAGAGGGAGAGACAAGCACUCCUCAACUUCAAAAAAAAGUCUAAGAUAUCUCAAUCUAUCAGUGUUGGGUUUGGUGGGAGGAUUCCUCAUCAACCGGGAAAUCUCUCAAAGUUGGAGUAUCUUGAUCUGAAAAUCAAUAGUCUUGAUGGAGCAAUCCCUUCUCAACUAGGGAAGCUUACAAGUUUACGAUAUCUAGAUCUAAGUCACAAUUAUCGUAUCCAUGGAGAAAUUCCUUAUCAACUUGGAUAUCUGUCACAGUUGAGGUAUCCUGCUCUUCAAAAAAUUUCACUUUCUGGAGUAAUCCCUUUUCAGGUUGGAAAUCUUCCUAUCUUGCAUACUCUUAGACUUGAUGGCAAUUUUGAUCUUAAAAUUAACAGUGCAAAGUGGCUAUCUUCUCUCUCAUCAUUAACAACUCUUGUCCUGGAAUCAUUGUCUACAAAUAAUUAAUUAGCUUAUUCCAAACUUAAGAGAGUUGAGACUAGUUAACUGUAGUCUUUCAGAUGAUAAUAUUUCAUCUUUGUUUCAAUCUCAUUCAAAAUUUUCAGUUUCUCAUUCCAUCCUUGAUCUCUCAGAUAAGUUGGAUGAAUAUGUCUUACAACAGUCUCAAAGAUUUGAAGGCAUUCUUGUGUGGAAAUAAAUACAACUACAAGCAUGCGCACUUUGGAUUUGUCAAAUAAUGGGACAGCUGCCAACCUGCUGGGAACAUCUAAGUUCACUUAAAUUUCUUGAUCUAACAAAAAAUAAAUUGUCAGAGAAGAUUCCGCAGUCCAUGUGUACUCUUGUUGAACUCGAAGCUUUGGUCCAGCGAAACAACAAUUUAAGUGGAGAAUUACCACUCACGUUGAAGAACUGCUCUAGUUUAGUUAUAUUAGAUGUGGGUGAAAAUUUGUUGUCUGGUCCAGUACCCUCAUGGAUUGGAGAAAGUCUGCAACAAUUGAAAAUCUUGAGCUUGCGAGUUAAUAACUUCUUUGGAAGUAUUCCUUUACAUCUCUGCUAUUUGAGCCAAAUUCAUCUCUUGGAUCUCUCAAGGAAUCACUUGUCAGGAGGAAUUCCAACAUGUCUGAGCAAUUUUACUGCAAUGACGGACAGGAGUGUAAUCCCAAGGGAACUUAUAAGGAUACGGAAAAUUUCACCUCUAGUGACUUACUAUAAUAUUUAUGACACUAAUGUGUUUUUGACAUGGAAAGGUCAGGAACAUAUGUUUUUGAAUCCGAGUAUCUUCUAAAGAGCAUUGAUCUCUCAAGCAAUGAUUUAACAGGUGAAGUACCAAAAGAGAUUGGAUAUUUACUUGGAUUGGUUUCUUUGAAUUUAUCAAGAAACUAUUUCCGUGGAGAAAUUCCUUCUGACAUUGGGAAUUUGAGUUCUCUAGAAUUUCUUGAUUUAUCAAGAAAUCAUUUUUCUGGAAAAAUUCCUUCUACUCUCUCUAAAAUUGAUCGCCUAGCCAUGUUAGACUUAUCUAACAACUCACUGAUUGGAAGAAUCCCUUGGGGAAGACAGUUGCAAACCUUUGAUGCCUCUAGUUUUGAAGGAAAUCUUGGUCUUUGUGGUGAACAACUCAACAAAAGUUGCCCUGGAGAUGAAACAACAGUAAAGCCUCAAGAACCAGCAAUUCAUGGCGAAGAUGACAAUUCAGUUUUCUAUGAAGCAUUAUACAUGAGCUUGGGGUUGGGAUUCUUCGCAGGGUUUUGGAGCUUAUUAGGGCCAAUGCUACUUUGGCAAGCAUGGAGGAAUGCUUACUUGAGGUUCUUGAACAGAUUGACCGACAAUAUAUUGUUUAUGGGGGAUAUUAGAUUCAAGAUCUGGAUGAAAGCACCAUGGAUUGCUGGAUGCGUAAAAUUUGUGGCAUUGAACUUUACAAUGUAAAAUCUGACAAAGCAUAUAUUGAAGUAAUCUGCAAAAUCACUGUAUUGUUUCGAUACACUUAUAAAUUUAUUUUGUUUUCGGUUUAAGCCAAGACUAUUAAUAUCUAAAAGAGUGAAGGUCAUUCAUUCCACAUCA